AUGUACGACUUUUUUUACGUGUGCCUCGCCCACUUGACUGAUCGCUCCUUUGCGACACGCCUUGAUCCUUCUACGCCGUUGUCGGACGAGCCAGCAGUUCAGCCAGCAUCGUCUUCUCAAUCCAAUGCCACGAAUGAAGUCCAAGCAGCGACAGAAACGCUGCCUCCCAAAGACGAGAACCCACCGUUGCAUUCUCGGUAUGCUUUGCAUCGUGAAUUCUAUGCGAAACGUGUUCGGCAGUUUCAGCCAGCUCGGACACCUAUACCAACAUUCCCUGCUGUACCGGGUACGACUAUCUAA